AUGAAAUAUAGAAACCAUACAACUAUUUUGGAAUUCCUUCUCCUGGGACUGACAGAUGACUCAGCACUGCAGCCCCUCUUCUUCAGCCUGUUCCUGUCCAUGUACCUGGUCACUAUCCUGGGAAACCUGCUCAUCAUCCUGGCCAUCUACUCUGAUUCCCACCUCCACACCCCCAUGAACUUCUUUCUCUCCAAUCUGUCCUUCAAUGACAUCUGUUUAAGCACCACCACUGUCCCCAAGAUGCUGGUGAAUAUCCAAUCACAGGAUCAAAGCAUAUAUUACACAGGUUGCCUCUCUCUGGUCUCCUUUGUCCUGGUUUUUACUAUUUUGGAAAAUUUUCUCCUUGCAGGGAUGGCCUUUGACCUUUAUGUGGCCAUUUGUCACCCCUUGAGGUACACAGUCAUCAUGAAUCCCCUCCUCUAUGUGUCUCUUCUUCAAUCCUCUCUGCUCAUCAGCACUAUGGAUGCCUUCCUCCACACUCUGUUGGGACUGCGUCUGUCCUUCUGCACAGACCUGGAGAUCCCCCACUUCUUCUGUGAACUAGCUGAGGUCAUUGAGCUGGCCUGCUCUGACACCCUUAUUAAUAAUAUCCUGGUAUUUGUUGCAGCAUGUGUAUUUGCUGGUUUUCCCUUUUCUGGGAUCAUUUUCUCUUACAUUCACAUUGUGUCCUCUGUCUUGAGAAUGCCCUCAUCAGAAGGAAAGCAUAAAGCCUUUUCCACCUGUGGAUCUCAUCUGUCUGUUGUCUUCUUGUUUUAUGGGACCGGUUUUGUGGUGUACAUUAGCUCUGCCGUUACUGACUCCCCGAGGAAGACUGCAGUGGCUUCAGUGAUGUACUCUGUGGUCACUCAGAUGCUGAACCCAUUUAUCUACAGCCUGAGGAACAAGGACAUGAAGGAGACCUUGAGGAAGCUCAUUGAAAGAUGGGAGGGAGAUGAUGACAUUCUCAUGGUAUCUGAGAAUGAGAGAUCGGCCAACACCAAGUUAGGAAAGCCCAGGGAAACAGCAUCAGGAUUCAGCAUCCUAUACAGCUCACUCCACAGCCCUGCCCUGCUCAGGAAGGAACACCUGAGCCUCCUCCCAGACAUGACCUCCCUGACCAGGAUUCCGUUUAUCUCGUUAAUCAACAUCCUGGAAACUAGAAAUGAGACAGCUGUUUCAGAAUUCCUUCUCCUGGGUCUCACAAAUGACCCAGCACUUCAGCCCCUCAUCUUCAGCCCCUUCCUGUCCAUGUACCUGUUCAGCAUCCUGGGAAACCUCAUCAUCAUCCUGGCCAUCAGCUCUGAUUUCCCCCUCCACAAACCCAUGUACUUCUUCCUCUCCAACCUGUCCUUCACUGAUGUCUGUUUAAGCACAAGCACAAUCCCAAAGAUGCUGGUGAACAUCCUAAAACAGAGUCAGAGCAUCACCUACACAGGCUGCCUCAUGUAG